UUUCCCUUCUUGGAACUACCAUUUAAGUUAAGAUGUUGCAUCCCUUCCCAUUCCGAUACAAAAGAGAGAAUUUCUCACGUAGCCCCAACUAUAUAUUAAUUAAUAUUCCCAGCAUUCUUCCAAGAUAACAUCAUUCUUCUCCUUCUCACCCCACACUCUCAACUCUAGUGAAAGAGAAAAGAAGAGAGAAAUGGCUACCACCCGCGGGUUCACGCUGGUGGCGCAACAAUACAAAGCACUGUUGAAAAAGAACCUUUUAUUAUCGUGGCGAAACAAGAGAGCUACUCUGCUUCAACUCUUGUCUCCUCUAAUGUUCAUCUUUCUCAUAUUUGCAAUCGACAAGGCAAUUAAGGCUCAAACAUCAACCUCUUCUGCGUAUAAAAAAGUCACAAACCCUCCCAAUCAACCCUCUCCUCCUAUCACUCCUUGCGAAAGCAAGUACUUCAUAAAGCUUCCAUGCUACGACUUCGUUUGGAGCGGUGACCAAAACGCAAAGUUUCACACCAUUGUGGACCGCAUCAUGAACAACAACCCCGGCAGGCCCAUACCUCCCUCUAAGGUGUUGUCGUUUGGGGAUAAAGGUGAAGUGGAUGCGUGGCUUUUGAGUAACCCUAUGCGCGUUGCAGGGGCUCUUCAUUUCGUGGAGAAAAACGACACCGUUAUAAGCUAUGGUAUUCAAACGAAUUCGACUACUCUUCCGAAACGAGGAAAAUAUGAAGAUCCUACUGCUUCGUUCCAACUUCCUCUUCAGCUUGCUGCGGAGCGUGAAAUUGCAAGAUACCUAAUUGGAGACUCGAAUUUCAGUUGGAAUGUGUUUUUGAGGGAAUUCGCACACCCUGCUCGGAUCCCUUUCUCUGCCGUGGGUUCAAUUGGUCCAGCGUUUUUCCUCGCAAUUGCCAUGUUUAAUUUUGUUCUUCAGAUUAGCUCUUUGGUCACAGAGAAAGAGCUUAAACUUCGCCAGGCAAUGACCAUGAUGGGCCUUUAUGAUGCUGCUUACUGGUUAUCCUGGCUUACUUGGGAAACUGUUGUCACGAUUAUAUCGUCCCUCCUCAUAGUUCUCUUUGGAAUGAUGUUCCAGUUUAGUUUUUUCUUGAAAAACAGUUUUGCGAUCCUGUUCCUUUUGUUCUUCCUUUUUGAACUCAAUAUGACUGGCUUAGCCUUCAUGUUAUCUGCUUUCAUUCGGAAAUCAUCUUCGGCAACAACAGUGGGAUUUUCUAUAUUUAUUGUGGGCUUUGUGACUCAGCUUGUUGUACAAGCAGGAUUUCCUUACUCAGAUAGCAUCUCCAAAACUUUCCGAAAUGUUUGGUCAUUAUUCCCACCUAAUCCUUUUGCUCAAGCAUUACAAGUGCUUUCAGAUGCAGUUGCUACUCCUGAAGAUGAUGGUAUUAGCUGGAGUAAACGGGGGGAAUGUGCUGCUAAUGAUGAUAAUUGUGUGAUAACAAUUAAUGAUAUUUAUAUAUGGCUUGUGGUUACGUUCUUUCUCUGGUUUGUUCUGGCCAUCUACUUUGACAACAUAAUCCCAAAUGCAUCAGGGGUGAGGAAAUCGAUAAUAUACUUUCUAAAUCCUAGUUACUGGAUGGGAAAAGGAGGCCAAAAAGUGAAAGAGGGUGGGGUUUGUAGUUGUGUAGGUUCAGCCCCACGCCAUGAGCAAAUUACUCCAGAUGAUGAAGAUGUCCUUGAAGAAGAAAACAAAGUGAAACAGCAACUAACAGAAGGUGUGGUUGACGCAAAUGUUGCUGUUCAGAUACAUGGCCUUGCAAAGACAUAUCCUGGUACACUAAACAUUGGGUGCUGCUGUAAAUGUAAAAGGAGUACUCCUUACAAUGCUGUUAAGGGUUUGUGGGUGAACUUUGCAAAAGAUCAGUUAUUUUGUCUUCUAGGGCCCAAUGGAGCUGGAAAAACUACAGCUAUUAAUUGUCUGACGGGGAUAACUCCAGUAACUAAUGGAGAUGCUUUGAUUUAUGGACAUUCCAUCCGAAGUUCUACUGGCAUGUCAAACAUUCGAAAGCUUAUAGGAGUAUGUCCUCAGUUUGAUAUCCUAUGGGAUGCACUGUCUGGUCAAGAACACCUUCAACUCUUUGCUACUAUUAAAGGCCUGUCCCCAGCUUCCAUAAAAUCAAUUACCCAGACGUCGUUGGCAGAGGUGAGACUCACAGAUGCAGCCAAAGUGAGAGCUGGAAGUUACAGUGGAGGAAUGAAACGUCGUCUGAGUGUUGCAAUUGCCCUUAUUGGUGACCCUAAGUUAGUCAUUUUGGAUGAACCGACUACUGGUAUGGAUCCAAUAACAAGAAGGCAUGUGUGGGACAUAAUAGAAAAUGCAAAAAGAGGGCGUGCCAUUGUUCUUACAACACACUCUAUGGAAGAAGCUGACAUUCUAAGUGACCGCAUUGGAAUCAUGGCGAAGGGAAGGCUUCGCUGCAUUGGUACCUCAAUCAGAUUGAAGUCAAGAUUCGGAACUGGGUUUAUUGCUAAUAUCAGCUUCUAUGGAAACAAUAAUGAACGAAGUCCUGGCAAUGGAGAUGCAAUAUCGACAGAACAUCGUGAGACCGUAAAGAAAUUCUUUAAAAAUCGUUUAGAUGUGGUGCCAAAAGAGGAGAACAAUAACUUCCUAACUUUUGUGAUUCCCCAUGACAGAGAGGCACUUCUGACGAAUUUCUUUUCGGAGCUCCAAGAUAGAGAAGAAGAGCUAGGCAUAUCCGACAUCCAGCUUGGUCUUACAACUCUGGAAGAAGUUUUCUUGAAUAUUGCAAAGCAAGCAGAACUCGAAAAUGCUGCAGCCGAAGGAAGCCUAGUGACCCUGUCCUUAUCAUCUGGAGAAUCCGUGCAGAUUCCUACAGGAGCUAGGUUUGUGGGAAUUCCAGGAACAGAGUCUGCAGAUAACCCCACUGGGUCUAUGGUAGAAGUAUACUGGGAGCAAGAUGAUACUGGUGCCCUAUGUAUUGCCGGCCACUCGCAGAAAGUUCCUGUUCCUCAUAGCAUUCAACUAUCAUCGUCUCCUACUGUAAGACAACGCAGAAAUUUUCGUCGUUCAGGACCAGUUCAUGGGGUUGUGAUUGAUCCAACUCAAGUUAGUUCACUCAAUUUUCAGUGAGUCAUGCCCUAGGUACAUUGGAAAUGGUUGAAGUUGCUUCCUUCUUGACCUUUUCAUCAGAAGUGAUGAUCCCUUGUUCUGAAACAGCAUGAUCUGCAAUAACUGUUGCCUUUUCCAAAUGCUGCUUUGGGGUCUCACAUCCAACUUCUGACAGAAUAGCAUUCUCAACAACAGGGUUAUGAAUCUUUCUCAAGUUACAUUUAACCUUUUCAAGCUCACUUUGUGGGUUUUCUUGCUCUGGAUCUGACAGUUGGUUUGAGAUUUUCCUUAAGUUACGUUUUGGUUUCUCAAAUUCAGGAUUUGUUUGAACUGGGACUGAUUCAAAAUUUGCAAUAGGAAGCUUCCUGUUUGUACGUCUCGACUUGCUAAUUUGAGCUUCUCCAUUUGAAAUGUUGCCCUGCUUUCUCUGAGAUUUAGAGUCUCGAAUUUUCUUGGGUUGGGGAACCGGUUUCCAAAAGUAAGAUGCUGACCAGCGCUCUAACCAGCUAAAGAGUGAAUUUGGAUCUCCACUUAAAUAUUGCAGGUGCAGGGCCGUUAUUGUAGUUGAUGAAGCAAGAAGCUAAAACAACAAACAAACACUUUCACAUACCCAGUUUGAGUAAAACAGAAAUUUGAUAGAAGUGUGUGAUCCAUAUAAUUUAUGCCGCAAUAUAGCCCCUUUAUUUCCAGGUCCAGAUUUAAUUGAAGUAAAUUAUGGCAAGACAAGAUUAGUAUCGCACAUAAAUCCACUUGGAGCAAAUUCAAACAUGUUCUGAUAAUUAUAAGUAAUUAUAAUAUCAUUUAUGAAUUCAUCCAAGCUGUUUUACUGGACUACACUGGUAAUGAACCUGUUACUCUUCUCUGUGUACUCUUAUCAGAAUAAUGUCAAGUAAUUGAACAAAAUUACUGCUCGUGGAAUUAGAAUUGAGAACACGCAAUCUUAAUUACUUUUGACAUAUGAUUAAUUUUACAAUCAUGUCAUCUGAUUUACUUAAUUACCUUUUUUUGCUAUCCAACAAUGUUGCUUGAAUAUUUAAGUAAAUAUAACAGUCACGUCCUUGCUACACUUUUCAAUCUAAAAUUAAAUAAUUAAACUGUCACUGAAGUGAUACUAUAGCAUCUAUGCAUGUGUCUGCAUGCCUAACAACAAAAAGCCUCUUCAUAUAAUAAAAAGCACAACUUCAAAACUAUGAGCCUCAAUCUGGAGUGUUAAAAGUUAAAACAGAACCUUUCAAUCUUCCUCUUAUUUCAAACAAUGGUAGACCAUGUAAACAAAAAUUGUUCUAAACGGCAUUGUUAGGAAGAAAAGGGAAAAGAAUAGGUAGCUAUGGUAAAUAUCAGUUAAUAAGGACAGGCAUAUUCUUUAUGGCUCCAAUAGUUAGUUCUACUAAAAAAAAAACAUUUUAUUCUUUAACUUUUCUUAAUACCAAAAUUCAUCAUUAAAAAAUUACAUUUCAUGUUCUUGAGAAAUAAGCAAUACCUUGCCUUAUCUAAGUAUUUGAAUUCAAAAUCCUCUGCAGUUGAGAGCAAUUAUCAGGGAUGUUGUAUUUUUGUCUCCCUACUACUAGCAGGGUGGUCCCACUGGCCCAUAGAGAGAAAGAAAAAGGGUGCUGUUCUCUCAAUGAAGGGGGUCUAAAUUCUUUUUUCUCAAAUGCAAAAUUAAAGCACAUUCAUCCAAGAAAAACUUAUAGUACUGUUCAUUAUCAAAUGAAUCUAUCCAUAAUAUGUGAAAUGAAAAAAUAAAUAAAUAAUUGUAUCAUAUGCAUGGCACAAUGAAUUACCUUACAGAUGAACCUAUUUGCUGAAAGCCUUGAAAUUUUUGUGGAAAUUCCAACUGGCUCACCAAAUUUGCCAUCCUGAAGCACAAACAAAUGACACAUUCAGAAGGAAAAAUCUUACC